UGUUAUUUGCCCCCAAAAUCAAACGGAUCUGCUCACCGAGCGGGAGAUUUAGGGUUUAAGAUUUCUCUCUUACAAUCUUUUUGCAUCAAUUUUCCCCAAUUUGUUCCAUAUUAGCGCUACACGCUUGAAAAUCGGCCCAAUAAUUUGCAUUCAAUUCAAGUUCUAGUGUCCACUGACGAAUCGACGACAGAUUUCGACAUUCUAUCCUUGCUACGUAUUCUGCAAGACACCAAAACAUGACUGAGUAUUGGGUUAGUCAAGGUAACAAAUGGUGCGACUUCUGCAAAAUAUUUAUUUCAAAUAAUCCUUCCACAAUCCGAAAUCAUGAGCUUGGUCAACGUCAUAAAGACAAUGUAGCCAAAAGGCUUGCAAACAUGAGAAAAGAGAAUGCUGCCAAGGAAAAAGAACAAAAGGAAGCAGUACGGGCCAUUGAACAAAUUGAGGCAAAAGCUAAGCGUAGUUACCAGAAGGACAUAGCCAAUUUCCGGGAUGCUAGAGAUUCCCAUGCACUUCCAGUUGAUGUUCAAGAAAAUGGUGAAGAGAAAUGGGAGUUUGACAGCACUUCAGGCUAUUAUUACAAUGAAAGCAAUGGUUUCUAUUAUGACUCAAAUUCAGGCUUCUACUACUGUGAUGCCCUUGGCAAGUGGGUAACACAGGAAGAGGCACAUGCUUCGCCUCAGUUCUUUUCAAACUUCAAACAUAAGAAACCAAUUUUAGAGAAGCCAUCAUCGGCCUCUGCAAGUGCAGCUAUGAAAGACAAGAAUGUCGAUAAAGGGGAAAGUGGGCCUCCACCUGGGCUGGUUGUUUCAGCUUCUUUAAACCCCACGCGAUCCGUUAAAGGUGCUCCUUCAUCAGUUGCUGUUGGUAAGAGGAAGAGGCCAGAUGCGAAGCAAAAGGUUAUCUCUGACGAAGAAAAAGCCGCCCUUAAAGCAAGGGAGGCUGCAAAGAAGAGGGUCGAACAGAGGGAGAAGCCACUUCUUGGUCUUUAUAAGUUGCCAUGAAAUAGGCUGUUGCUCUCAAGUAAAUUUCUCUACCAUCUAAAGUUCGCCACAUCAGCUCUCUUCCACCUGUAAACUGAUUUUUCUCAUAAUUAUAUAGAUUGCUUAACAUGAGCUAAAAGAUUACUACUGUAUGGAACUUCCCAAAGCUUUACCAGUUUCUUCUAUCACCCUGUUAUUAUUGUUUUCUUAUCUGGCUGCUUUAUUGUGAGGUUUACAUGAAUUGCAUCACCAGGAAUGUGUGGGGCUGAUAUAGUCUAACAUUUACUUCAUCCAUGUGUACUUGGUUAUUGUAAAGAUAAGAAUCCAUUGAGGGAAGAAAAUCCGUAGGCAAAUCAACUUGCAGGCAUGAACCGAUCUCGCCUUUUUCCAUGGAUCUGUUUGGUUACGGUUAUGACCCAGCAGAAUUGUGUACCGUCGAAGGCAUGGAUGUGAAGGACUCUUCCAAGUAUCAGAUUUGACAUGAUCUCCCGAACCUUAUACAAGGUGAGCAGUAACAUUUGUCAUCUCUCAUCAAUAAUUAUUCAGCCCUUGCCUGGUUUUUCUUUACAUUCACAGGAAAAUUGGGAGCUUGAAUCCUAGAUGAAUUCUUCACAUCUAAUUUUUUGUCAGCUCAACCAUCACAAAAGGACUUCGAGUGGGUUUAUGCUGAUUUGUUGUAUAGAAUAAUGUUAAUUAUCAACUACUUUAUUUAUUUCUGCAUUUUCAUUUUUUUUAUACUCAAACUCCCUGCCUUGAAUUUCAAAGCUUUACAUUUGUGUUGUAACUUGUAAGUGAUUCUCUCAUGCUUUU